ACCGACUCCAUCACAUGCACAGAUGAUGGAGCUCUCUCUACGCUGCCGGGUUAUACUGUUGCCACCAUUUCGCAUGUCCACUGCCCGACACCUGGUCUUACAAAUGCCGUGAUCAUUUGACUUGACUUGUUCUCUUAUUAUUUAUUCAUGCGCGACCAUUCAGUAGAAGGCGUGCUAGCUUUCUUCUUAUUGUGCAUGCUGAGCGGUCGGGACUGAGGUGAUUUUUUGUUUUCCUGGAAAAAAAGCGAGUGGACAGAUGCUGCGUCGCUGGUAAACACCAGAAAUGGGUGUCAUCGAACCGAAGCUGCCAGUAGCGGCUCAUUCUUGGACCAGAUUGUCGUUUUUCUUAUGAUAAAACAUCUGCACGAUCCUGGUUUUAUACAACUACAAGUUGCUACGCUGAGCAGGCUUCAGUCAAGCAAACAAAUGGUCCAAUCAAUAGCCUCUGGACAGCGUCUGCCAUAGGGAGGAUAUCAAUAGAACGUUAAUACUCCUGACACACACACAUACACACAAACGGACACACACACACACACAGAGGCCAUGGCUCUGGAGAACUCAGUGUUCCCCUCCCGCCCGGACUCUCUCUCGCUCCCCGUGGAGGAGAAGGGGGAAGGGGAAGAAGUGGAGGUGGCCACCGAGGCCACAGCCUCCACUGGAGUCUUCAACGUGUCGGGGGAGCUGGGCCACGUCGUCACCACAGAGACAGCGCCAUCACCUCCACCUUUAGUCAAGGUCAAAAGGUCCUUCCAGUCCAAGCUGGCGGAGCGCGAGACCAAAGCCAACGAGCACAGGAAGAAGAUCAUACCGGAGAAGGAGAGGGGGCGCUUCGGGUGGGUCCGGAAUCGGCGUAGGAGACAGCGUUACGUGGAGAAGAAUGGUCGCUGCAAUGUGCAGCACGGUAACAUGCGGGAGACUUACCGCUACCUGACCGACAUCUUCACCACACUGGUGGACCUCAACUGGCGCUGCUCGCUCUUUGUCUUCGUCAUGGCGUACGCCGUCACGUGGCUCUUCUUCGGGGCCAUCUGGUACCUCAUAGCCUACCUAAGGGGCGAUCUGGACCAUCUGGAGGAUGAGACGUGGACGCCGUGCGUCAACAAUGUCAACGGCUUCAUCUCGGCCUUCCUCUUCUCCAUCGAGACAGAGACCACCAUUGGCUACGGCCACCGCGUCAUCACAGACCAGUGUCCAGUGGGCACCAUGCUGCUGCUGCUGCAAGCUAUACUGGGCUCCAUGGUCAACGCCUUCAUGGUCGGUUGUAUGUUUGUGAAGAUCUCGCAGCCCAACAAACGUGCAGAGACACUGGUGUUCUCCAAGCACGCCGUCAUCUCUCUGAGAGACGAUAAGCUCUGUCUGAUGUUCAGGGUGGGCGACCUGCGGAGCUCCCACAUCGUAGGGGCCAACAUGAGAGCCAAGCUCAUCAAGUCCAAACAGACUCAGGAGGGUGAGUUCAUCCCCCUGGACCAGACAGACAUCAGCGUGGGCUUCGAGACAGGCGAUGAUCGUCUCUUCCUGGUGUCUCCGCUGGUGAUCUCUCAUGAGAUCGACUCGCGUUCGCCCUUUUGGGAUAUGUCGCAGGGCCAGCUGGAGAAAGAGGACUUUGAGAUCGUGGUCAUCCUGGAGGGAAUGGUGGAGGCAACGGGGAUGACGUGCCAGGCGAGGAGCUCCUAUCUAGCAGAGGAGGUGAUGUGGGGUCACAGGUUCAGCCCGAUGAUGUCGCUGGCAGAGGGCUUUUUUGACAUCGACUACGGGGCCUUUCAUCACACGUUUGAGGUGGACACGCCUUCCUGCUCAGCACGAGAGCUCUCAUUGGCUGCAGCCAGACUCGACGCUCACCUCUAUUGGUCCAUCUCCAGCAGGCUGGAUGAAGAGCCCACCCUGACCAACCAGGCGGCCAAGCAGCCGGACAGCGGCUCGGCCAACAGCAAAGGAGGGGAGCCGACCUUCAUUGUCGGCGAGAUGACGGACAUCCAGGAGCAAACGGGAGUGGGCGAGCUGAACGGCAGCGUCGCCACCGACCAAUCCGAAUCAGAGGCCUAGAAUGUUUACAAAGACCUUCAGUUUAUCAUCACCUCACCACGAUUAGUGUUUGCAGAACUUUUUAUUUUCAAGGCAAAUGAGUAGUUUCAUUAGGCCCAGUUCGACAGUAUAUGCCAUAUCUUAUGUUACCAUAUGAAAGAGUUUAUUUCUUGAUAUUUUUCUGUCUUUUAGUCCUAUGUUGAUCUUCGUUACAAGUGUACUGUAUGUGUGCUAUCUCUUUUUUUAUCUGUUGUGUUAGCUCCAAUCACCCUUGCCUAUAUCUACAUUUAAAUGACAAUACUAUGCUUUAGGUGGGGUCAACAAUAGUACAUCCUGUGGACCGGGGCAGAAUGCUACAAAGAGAGGACAAAGUGGUUGUUUGUGCAGAGUCACUGUGUGGAUUGUUCACAUUUAAAAUAGGUACAGUGCAUAGAUGCUUUAUUUUCACCUGCGCAUGAAUAUCACUAGAUGAUAUCGAAGUAUAGAAUGAAAUUGUAGUAACCUCAAAUUUCUCUAGAAAUGCAAAGAUUGUUCCACAGUUUAUUGUACAUCAAUCAGGUGUUACUGUGACAGGGUGGGACAGUAACACCAGCCCACACCAGCCUAUUUGUAUACUCUGCUAGAAGUUCCAUUAGGCCACAAACCGUCAUGUGGUGCUAGAAAAAUGUUUAAAAUACCUAUUUGGCUAACAAGAUUAUUAACAGCAAAGCUGGUUUCCUGCCCUGAGUCUAGACGAUUUCUUAUAUUCUGUAGGUACAGAGUUUUAUGUUUGUUUGUUUGUUGAAGAGUGACCUAACACCAGGAUAAAAUGUGGUGUUUUGCUGCCCUUUCUGGUUGAAAGUUUCACGCGUAUUUAAACCUCUGACCACGCCCAACGGUGAUAUCACUGGGUCCUGGAGUACACCUGUACAUCACAGCAGCAAGGUGAGAAGUUAAACCAUAGGAGGCCAGCAAAAACAAGAUUUAACUUGCUUUAAAAUAACACCAGCUUGAAUUUGCUGACAUUCCUAACUGCACUAUAACAUUAUGGUGACUAGGGUAUCUAUCUAAAACCUUUAAAGUAGAGACAGGUUAACAUCAAGUGUGUCCGUGGCUUUGUUUCACAUACGACGUGUGUAGCACAAGGAUUAUCUAUGUUUUGUUCCCAGCCAAGUAGAAAUUAAAAGCACAACAGUGUCCUGCUCAGUUCAGCCCAAACUCCUGCUUCUGCUGCUGUGUAUAUAUGUGGCCAUUUUUACUUGAUGUUUUUAAUAUGUAAUAUAACACAUUAAUUAGAAUUAAUAAACUGCAGUAUAUUCCUGAACAA